AUGAAGGAUUGUCCUUAUGCAUAUUAUGUUCAUUGUUUUGCUCAUCAAUUGCAACUUGCUUUGGUUACUGCAUCAAUAGAAGUUAAACCAAUUCAUAAAUUCUUUGAGAAGCUAACUUUAAUUGUCAAUGUUGUUUGUUCUUCUGCAAAGCGCCAUGACGAGUUACAAGUUUCUCAAUUAGAUGAAAUUGAAUAUUUAUUAGAGAUUGGUGAGCUUGUAACUAGUAAAGGUGAAAAUCAAAUUGGUACUUUGAAGCGAGCUGGGGAUACUCGUUGGGGAUCACACUUCUCUUCUAUUUCUAGCUUGAUAACUAUGUAUGAAGCAACUUAUAAUGUUUCAAGAAAAUUUUCAAAGGAAGGAUUAAGUUAUGUUUCACAUGGAGAUGCUGAUAGUGCUUACAAUUAUUUGAAGUCAUUUGAUUUCAUAUUCAUAUUGCAUUUGAUGAAAGAAAUUAUGGGGAUCACAAAUAUGCUUUGUCAAGAUUUACGAUUUGGUCGUUCUCGUCUUGACGAGAACCAGGUAACCAUUGAGCAUUAUUUUAGAGUUGAAAUAUUUUUCACUACCAUUGACAAACAAUUGCAAGAGUUGAAUAACAAAUUUAGUGAGCAAGCGAUUGAUUUGUUAACUCUAAGUUGUGCUUUGUCUCCUAAGGAUAAUUACAAGGCUUUUAACAUUGAUACCAUUCGUACUCUAGUUGAAAAAUAUCAUCCUAUGGACUUCAAUGAGAAAAAGAAAAUUAAUUUGAAAUUUCAACUUCGACAUUUUAUUAUUGGCGCUCGUCAAGCCUCAAGUUUGAAUAAUUUGUCAACUAUUCAAGAAUUAUGUUCAUCUUUGGUUGCAAGUGAAAAGAAGGAAAUUUAUUAUUUGUUUGAUAGAUUGUUUCGCCUUAUCAUGACUCUCCCUCAUGAUAUGGGUAACAUUGAAAAAGAAAUAAUUACAAAUAUUGAUUCAGAAACUAUUAUUAUUGAUGAUUUCAAACUACUCAAAAACUAUAGAAUAUUACUUUAA